GAGGCGCUGCGGGAGUGGGCGGGGCCGGGGCGGCGGGGGCGCUGCGCGGAACCCCUCAGCCCUGCCCGGGCCCCCUCAGCCCUGCCCGGAGCCCCUCAGCCCUGCCCGGAGCCCCUCAGCCCUGCCCGAUCCCCUCAGCCCUGCCCGGAGCCCCUCAGCCCUGCUCGGAGCCCCUCAGCCCUGCCCGGAGCCCCUCAGCCCUGCUCGGAGCCCCUCAGCCCUGCCCGAUCCCCUCAGCCCUGCCCGGAGCCCCUCAGCCCUGCCCGGAGCCCCUCAGCCCGGUCCGGGUCCCCUCAGCCCUGCUGGGAGCCCCUCAGCCCGGCCCGGAUCCCCUCAGCCCUGCCCGAUCCCCUCAGCCCUGCCCGGAUCCCCUCAGCCCUGCCCGGAGCCCCUCAGCCCUGCGCGGAGCCCCUCAGCCUUUCCUGGGUCCCCUCAGCCCUGCCCGGAGCCCCUCAGCCCUGCCCGGCUCCUCUCCGCCGAUCGUGUCCGCGCUCCGUGUCCCCGUGCCCCGUGCCCUCCGCCGCGGUCUCGGCCGGGCUGUAGCGGGGCGCGGCCGGGUCCGAUCGCUGCCGUCGGGAUGGGCAGAGCCAGCACCGCGCGGCUGCGGGGCCUCCACGCGUGACAGCGCGGCGGGGAUGCGCCAUCCCCAUGGCGGGACAGCGGCGGAGCCGUGCGCUGUGACACGGGCAUGGCGGCGGCUGGAGCGCUGCUGUAGCGGCCGUGCCGCCGUGGGACCUGCAUCGCGUGUGGCAGCGGUGAGGCUGGGGACAGGCAGGGGGACAGCGGUGUUGCAGGGCACUGGCCAUGGAGCCGGGCACCAUUGACAACCUGUCCAUCCUGUACCAGAGCUCCGACUUCAUCGUGGUCAACAAGCACUGGGACCUGCGCAUCGACAGCAAGAUGUGGUACGAGACGCUGACCCUGCAGAGCCAGCUCAAGCACCGCUUCCCCGAGCUGGCCGACCCCGACACCUACUACGGCUUCAGGUUCUGCCACCAGCUGGAUUUCUCCACCAGCGGGGCCCUGUGUGUGGCUCUCAACAAAGCGGCGGCGGGAAGUGCCUACAAGUGCUUCAAGGAGCGCCUGGUGACCAAAGCCUACCUGGCCCUGGUGAGGGGCCACGUGAGCCAGAGCCGGAUGACGAUCAGCUUUGCCAUCGGGAAGAACACCAGGGAGGGCAUGACCCACAUGAUGUGCAUCGAGGGCACAGAGGGCUGUGAGAAUCCAAAGCCGUGCCAGUCAGAGCUGGUGGUGCUGGAGCAUGGAUCCUACAGCGGAGACCCUGUCACCAAAGUGCUGCUGCAGCCACUGACAGGCAGGACUCACCAGCUCCGGGUUCACUGCAGCGCCAUCGGCCACCCCAUCGUGGGGGACUUCACCUACAGCCAGCGGCAGGACAGCAAUCCCUACAGGAUGAUGCUCCACGCCUACUACCUGCGCAUCCCCACGGGCAAGGAGCUGAUCGAGGUGUGCGCCCCCGACCCCUUCGUCACCACCAUGGACAGCAACUGGCUGCCCCAGCGCGUCACCCAGCGGCUGGAGGACGUCAUCCAGGAGCUGAAGGACAAGGGCACGCACAAGGAGGGGGAGGAGGAGAGCCGGGAGGCUGCCGGGGAGGAGGAAGCAGGGAGAGAAGGCAGGAGGGAGGAGCCAGAGGAGCAGCGGGCGCGGUACGAGCAGUGGUUGGCUGAGUGGGCUCUGGAGUGAGCACAAAGCACAUCCCUGCAUUUCCAGCUCCAUCCCCACAGAGCCCAGCGCUGCCUCCACACCUGCACUCCCUGUACGGCUUCCCUCGCUCCUGGGGCUGGCUCCAGGUGGAUUUUAGGAGUGGUUGAGGUGGGGUUAUUGUGUAAUGUCCAGCAUCCAUCUGGUCAUGGGAUGUCCCUUUCCCAAUCCUGGGCCUCAGCAGCAGAGGCAGUGUCACAUUCCAGCUUCCAGUGACCCCAAAGCUUUCCAUCCCUGUCCUGGGGCUUGGGCACAGCUGGACACUGCCUUUGCCAUGGACAUUCUCCCUGCUUGGAUGUGGAAUUGCAGCCCAGCACAGGGCAGGGAGAACCUCCAGUGUCCCUCAUUGCCAUUCCCUCACUCCAGCUGCUGUGUUGUGUAGGAGGUGGGAGACUGGGGGCUGGAGCACAUUCUGGGGACACUGGUAGCCCCCCAGUCCUGGGGUGUUCUGUGAAACUGGACUGGGAUGGGCAUGGAAAGGUUCCUGCCCCUUGUCCCCUCCCUCCCUCAGCCCACCUGGGGGGUUUUUAAAGGUUUGGUGGAGGAGAAGGAGUUGAUACCAAUGGAUUUUAAACUUUUUUCAAUUUUCUAGGAAGAGAAUCUAGUCUUUUAGGGUUUGUACAAUGUGGGUGGUCUCAGGAAUGAGGUAUUUUUAAUACUUCUGUGGUCAGAGAGCCAGCAGCCCAAAGCUUUUUUAAUGGAUUUUAUUAUUCCUUCUACUAGCACUGCUUUUAUCCCUGCUGAGACAGGUCAGAGGACACAAAUCCCUUUCUGCCCACCCACAUGAGGAGGGAUCAGUGUCCUGUGUGGAUCCCAUGGGGUGGCUCCUGCCUGGCAGGUUUCCAGAGGGUCCUGCAGGCAGGUCCUUCAGCUGGGCACUUUGGGAAAGCUCUGGAGCAGUAGGAAAAGGAUAAAGCUGAAAAAAAAAGGCUGAGAACUGAUGGGAAGAGCAGGCAGGAGCUCAGCUUUGACUGAGCCAAGAAAAUUCCCUUGGAAGUGCCCUUGCUUUGCUGGUCAUCCUGCUUUGCUUUCCCCUUCCCUGCUCAUCCUCUGCAGCCCUUGGGGGACAUUUGGAAAUGAAAACAGGACACCUGGGGAGGGACAGAGGGGCUGGAGCCACACAGCCCCAUCCAUCCCAGGGCUUUCAAGGACCACAUCAGCACGUGCCCAGAGUUGUCACCUCAGCUGCCCCAUCCCAUUGAAAACACACCCGAUGGGGCUCACAGCUAAUAUUCACAGCCCUCUCCUUGUGGAUAAACACACCCUGCAAAUCACCAAAAUGCCCGGGGUGGGGGGAGUUGGAUCUGUCCCGUGUGUCCCUUCCUUUUGUGGCUCGGUGCCAGCACUGCAGGGUGGGACUCGCACUGAGCGCUCUGCCGUUCCCAGAGGUGCGGGACGGGAGCUGCUGGAAAUGGCAGCGGAGAUUAGCGCGGGACAGGGAAUGAGGGGUGGGGACAUGGGGACAAGGGCGGGGCUGGCACCCCCAGCCCUCCGUGUGUGCACCGAGGAGCCCCCACACCCCCGCCCAGCCUCUGCGUGCUGCUUUUCCCGACGCCGCAGGUGAAAAGGAGUUUUCCUGACCCUGCAGAGGGAAAUUUCCAGGCGCCCUUCGUGGCUGCGUUCCAGAGCCCUGUCCCCGUCCUGUCCCCGUCCUGUCCCCUCCUCUCGUGCCCUGGGUUGUGGUGUGGCUGUGAUGUCCUGUGCACUCUGCUGUUCCAGUUUUGGUGUAUUUGCUCUAUUAAACGUGUCUCUGCCCUUCA